AUGGAACGACCGUCACACGCUCCCGCGGAUCGCUAUCGUGACCGUGAGUGCGAAGAGCUUUUUGCGGAAUGCACUUCCACCACGGCCCUCCUGGACGACGGCACGCUCUCCCUCGUCCUCUCCUUCCUCCCCUCGCGCUUCGCCAUCUCCUCGGCCGCAUUAGUCUGCCGCCGCUGGUGCCGCGUCGCGCUGCGCGUGUGCGUGCGAUCGCUCCGACCGUCGCCCUUUUCACUCGAGAGCUUAACUCCGGAAUCUGAGAGAAUCCUUGGUAGUUUCGACUCCGAAGCGCAGUUGCUGGAGUUGACGACGCGAUUCGCCGCUACGCUUCGAUCUCUGGAGAUCCGUCCCGGCGCGAGAAACUUAACCGCCGCUGACGACGAUAAGCUGACUCCCCACGGCAUUGUGCGAAUCCUUAUCGCCUCGAAGCUUGAAACCCUAUCUCUGAUCAGUUGCGUCGAGCAGAACCGCCCCGUAGUCGACUCGCUACCCAUGAGCAGUUCACAGUUCGCGACGGUGGUGUUACCAGCCCUGCCACGUCAGCUCAAGCGCCUCGAUCUCCGCUCGGACCACUUUCUCUGCCCUGCCGCCACGCUCCCGCACCUGACGGCGCUCUCGCUCUACUCCGACGCCGUCACGUGGGAGUCGGCGUCUCUCCUCCUCGCGCUCCUCCCGUCACUUCAGCGCCUCUCCCUCGUGUCCGGCGCGCUGGUUCCGCGCGCCUUGCCCCAGCCGGGGCGCGCAGAGGUGGGUGCAGCAACAGCGCGGGAUACCUCAGCGAAUGCAGCCGCUGAUCCAGAAGCAGCAGCAUGGUGUGCAGAAGCAGCGCGGUCAGAUGCUGCUCUAUCUCUCUUCGCCUCGCUCUCCCUUGCCUCCCCCAGUGCUGGCGACCCCUUCUGGUGCCCAUCAGGGUCGUCCCUAGCGCCCUGCCUCUCCUCCAUCCGCCUGUGCCUCUCCCCCCAUCGCUCCGUCGCCUGGGAUCAGCCUCCUGCCUGCUCCCUGCUGCUCGCCCCGCUGCUCGCUGCUCCCCACCUGUUCCGCCACCUCACCACUCUGGAUUUGUCCCAAACCGACGUGCUGCGCCCCCCACCCCUCCCCUACGGCGAGCCACAGAGGAGCGAGGAGUCGCUGUGCUGGGCCAUCCGCUGCCUGCCUCUCCUGGAACGCCUCGCCCUCCCGCUGGCGUCAGAUGCUGUUCUGCUGGAGAUUUCCCAGUCCUGCCCGAGCCUCACCGCCUUGCACGCCCAGCCGCUAGCUCGCUUCAUCCCUGUCGCCUCUGCUGUGAGAACUGAGUCUGGGCGGCUGUGUGAACGUGGGGCCAGUGGGGCUGCGCCAGCUGGCGAGGAGAUGCGGGCGGCUGGAGGUGCUGAGGCUGGCGCGCACGCGGGUGGACGAUGUGCUGUCGUGGCGGCACUGUUCGGCGACAGCUGGCACGGCGGCGGUGUGGGAGUCGGUAGGGAUGCUGCGGUUGGUAGUGUGGCUGGGGCUGCCACAGCGGCUGGGGCUGCCACAGCGGCUGGGGCUGCCCCUGAUAUCUCACCUGAUUCUGACGCCACUGCUGGUGCUGGCAGUGCUUACGGUGCGCCACUGCAGCUGCAGCUGCCUCGGCUCCUUCUGCUGGACCUGUCCGGAUGCCCGGGGGUGACUUCUGCCCUCCUGCUCGCGCUCUCAGCAGCAGCGAGGGAGCAUGCUGGCAACGAUGAGAGGAGCAGAGCUGAUGGGUUAGCUGGGGCUGCUCGCCAGCUGGUGUCUCCUGAAGUGAUUGCUGGAGAUGGGUGGAGGGGGAGCGAGGAAGGUCGAAGGGAGGGUGUGUUGGGGGAUGGAGGAGAUGGUGGAGGAGUGGGUUCUGGGUAUGUGGAUUUGAGGCUUGUUGCAAGGGAGGUGGGGAUGCUGUUGCCCAAGUUGGUGGUUACGGCUAGAAGGACUGCGGAACAUGUUUUGCCAUGGGAUGGAUUUUUUGGAGAGCGGAAACUUGAGCUGGAUAGUGACGAUGAUGAGAGUGCUUAUGCACGUAGUAACUAUGCAUUGUGA